AUGCGAGCGGUGGGCGCCAAGGAGGCCAGGGAGGCGAUCAGGGCGUUCGAUCGAAUGCGGGAGGAUUCGGUGGCGCCCAGCGUUGCGGCACAGCUCGCGGCGCUCAAGGCGUGCAUCAGCCUGCGGGAUUUGCAGGCCGGGGCGAGGAUCCACGGCCACAUCGGGGAUGGGGCCAAUAUCUUCGUCGCCAAUACCAUCGUCGACAUGUACGCCAAAUGCGGGAGCAUGGUCGAGGCGAGGCGCGCCUUUGACAGCAUCCGGCAGCACAGCGUCGUGUCAUGGAACGCGAUCAUCAAAGGGUAUGCACAGCGCGGCCAGGGAGAGGUCGCACUGGAUCUCUUCUCCGUGAUGAAGUGCCGGGGAUUCAAGCCAAAUGCCGCUACUUACGUCGCGGCCUUGAAGGCUUGUGCCGCUCUCGCGGUGGAAGGAGCUAUGGAUUGCUUAGAUCGGGGAAAGGCUCUUCACUCCCAGGCUGCGAGCAGCGGUCUUGGAUCAAACCUCUUCGUCGCGAGCAGCCUUGUGGAUAUGUACUCCAAGUGUGGGGACAUGGAGAGCGCAAAGGUGGUGUUUGAUGCCAUGGUCCAUCACGACGUGGUUUUGUGGAACUCUUUGAUCCUGGGAUACGUCGACAGUGGCGAUGGCGAGACGGCUCUCGAGCUCUUCUCCCACAUGCAAGACAGAGGCUUCGUUCCAAACGUGAGAACUUUCACCGCCGCGCUUGCUGCUUGCACGGCACUGGCGAUUCGAGAAGAGGGGACUAAGAUCGAGGGGAAGCUUGUCAAGGUCUCGGCGUUGGAGAAAGGAAAUGCGGUACACUCCCAGCUCAAGAACGCUGGAGAGACUUGGGAUAUAUAUCUCGAGAGCGCUCUCGUGGAUAUGUAUGUCAAGUGUGGGAGCAUAAUAGAGGCGCGCUGGAUCUUCGACCGGAUGCCUCGCCACGACGUUGUCUCCUGGACUGCUUUGAUCAUGGGACACGCUCAAAGUGGAGAGGGAGACUUGGCUCUCGAGCUCUUCUCACGCAUGCAAGAGGAAGGAUGCGUGCCAAACGCUCUAACUUACGUCGGUGCUCUCGAGGCCUGUAUAAGCAUCGCCACCAGGGAAGAUCUCUCGAGAGACCAACUCGACAAGAAGGUGUGCUUGGAGAAAGCCGCGGGUUUGCACUUCCAGCUCGUGAAGCAGGGACACGAAGCACACAGCUUGGUUGCGAGCACUCUCGUGGAUAUGUACUCCAAGUGUGGAAGCAUGGCCGAGGCACGAGAGGUUUUUGAGAGGACCCGGCCUCGCGAUCUUCUGCUGUGGAACGCCAUGAUCCGGGGCUACUCCCAGUCCGGUGAAGCGGAGGUGGCUUUGCGAUUCUACGCUCGAAUGCGCGACGAAGGUAUCGUGCCCGUUUCUCAAACUUUUGUUUCUGCGCUCAAAGCCUGCGGAUCUUUGGCAGACUUGCAGACUGGGAAGUCAAUCCACUCUCACAUCCGGAGUGCUGGACUGGAGCACGACGAGGCCGUGGCGAGCUCUUUGAUUAGUUUCUACGGCAAGUGCGCGGAUAUGCAAGAAGCUCAAGAGGUAUUUGAUUCUUUGACGACGAGGGGACUUGUAACAUGGAACUCGCUGAUCGCAGGAUAUAGUCACCAUGGACAUGCGAAGCAGGCAAUCUAUCUCUUCCAGAGGAUGCAAGAAGAACGUCUCCAGCCAAACAGGAUCACGUUUCUCUGCAUUCUCACAGCUUGCAGCCACGCCGGGCUAGUCGAGAAAGGCAAGGAGGUUUUCGAUACAAUGAUCUCGGAUCACGGGAUUGCUGCGACGAUCGAACACUACAGCUGCCUGGUAGACACUCUAGCCCGAGGAAACUAUCUCGACGAGGCGAUGGCGAUGAUCAAAACCAUGCCUUUCCAGCCCAACUUAACGAUCUGGAGAGCCAUCUUGGCGGCGAGCAGGAAAUGGAGAAACGUGGAAACCGGUAGGCUUGCUUUCGAUUCCAUUGUAAGAGCUGACGAGAGGGAUGCUGCAGCGUACUCGGUGAUGGCCACCAUCUACGCCGCCGCCGGGAUGUUUGAGGAGAGCUUGAGCAUCCGGACGAUGAGGAACAAAGCUCGGGCAUUCAAGAAGCCGGGACAAAGCUGGUGGAUUGACGAAUCCGGAAGGGUUCACAGGUUUUGCGCCGGGGACACGAGCCAUCCCCAGAGCUCCCAGAUACUCGCCAAGCUCAAGGAAGUGAUGGUAAGCUUGAAACAAGCCGGAUACGUGCCUGACUGGGACGGUGUUCUGUUUGACAUCGCAGACGAGGAGAAAGAGAAUGCUCUGUGCGGCCAUAGCGAGAAGCUGGCCAUUGGGUGUGCUUUGGUGAACACGAAGCCGGGGACGAGCAUACACAUCGCCAAGAAUCUCCGCGCUUGCGACGACUGCCACAGAGCCACCUCGAUCAUCUCCCGGAUCGAGCAGCGAGUCGUGGUUUGCCGAGACGCGAGUCGAUUCCAUGUUUUCAGGGAUGGAGUGUGUUCUUGCGGAGACUUUUGGUGAUUUUGGAGCUUGGAGGUAAGCAUCGUUUCUUUUCUCACGGCUUGGAUUGGAACAGAGCUUUUACGAUUCGUCACAACGGUAAAAGUCCUCCAAGUGAAAAUCACGAUUUUUCUACUAGAGACAUCAUAAAAAUUCGUGAUCAAGCACAUUGCGUCAUUGGAACUGGCGAAAAAGAGAAGAGAUGGAUUUUUUUUU